AUGGCCGACCAACGAGCUGCCCGUCAGCAAGCCAAAGCGCCCAAGCAAUCCGCGCCGACCUCAAAGAAGCGCAAGGCCGUAGAUGAGAGGCCAGAAGAGCGGAAGCGGACGAGGACCGAGGAGCAAGCUGGUGUUCCGGCAGGAUUCUUCGACGAUGGAGCCGCACAAGAGGCAGAAGCAACCGCGCCAGACGUAGUAGCGGCACCCGCAGCACCGAUAGAAGACGCAAUACAGCAGCCUGAUGUCGCGGAGCCAAUCUUACCAGUCGCCGAUGCGGAACUGGACGCUUUCAUGGCUGAGAUGGACCAAGCUGCAGCCGAACAACCCCAGCGCAACCCCAUAUCAUAUACUGGCGCUAUCAUCGAGUCCGCACCUAUGACCGCUGCACAAUUGGCCGCACAGGCGCGGGAAGAGCAGAGCGCACAACGAGCUCGGAGGGACGAGGAGAUGGAGGACGAAAAGGAUGAAGCCGCCCGCGCGCUCGAAGAUGAGUUCGAGGAGAUGGACGGUUUGGAAGAGCGGGUGAAGAAGCUGCGGGAACAGAGAGAGGCUCUUCGCGCGAAACGUACGGCGACGGAGGCUCACGACGAUAAUCCACCUCUUCCUACCCCUCAGGCUGACGAUGAAGACAGCGAGUCAGAGGAUGAGGACUGGGACGACUGGCAAUUUGGCCCAGCUUGA